UAAGCGCUUCUCCACACCACGGCCUUCAUCUCUAAACCAAUGCGCCGGGCGAUUCUACAACGGCGCAACAACACCAGUAGCAGAGACGGUUUCACUUCUGGAGGGUGAGCUCCAUGACAGCGGAGAAGCCGCCCCUCCUUGACCGCGACUGAUCGCGUCGGCCCUUUGUCGCUUCCUGGAAAGCUCCCAUAGCCUGUCUGCAUUGUCCAGUCCCGUUCGGUGAUUGCCGUCUCAACGGCCCCAUUCUUAAUCGCCACCGCAGGUCGUCGAUAUCCAACGACAGGACCGAAAUCCAACGAUUUGUCUUUGAUCCGCAAACGGCGCCGUCCCAAGGGACUCGACGUCUAAUAAACAUGCAUCAACCACCGUAUCCCCCCGGUCAGACACAACCCCUUCCUCCCGACAUGCACCAGCACCCUCACCAGCCGCCGUAUCCCGCCCAUCAGAUGCAGCAGCUUCCCUCGAUGCCGCCUCCGGGCCCAUCCUACCCAGAUAGCGUUCCGAUGGCCGGUCCCGGAGCGCUGCAACAGGGGCAGCCCGCCGAUAGCAGCCAGCCAGCCGCAUCCCAGUCGCAAGAACGAGCGCCGCUCACCCCGGAGCAGCUACGCCAACAGGAAAUCAACCUCAAGCCUUACUCAUCAGAGGACGGCCAAGGGCGCAUAUACUCACUUGACGUUGUGCAACAGCCACAACGUGCGCGGAUGUGCGGGUUUGGCGACAAGGACCGUCGGCCCAUCACACCUCCACCCUGUGUCAGACUAAUAGUGAGGGAUGCAAAGACCGGGAAGGAGAUUGACUGCAAUGAAAUCGAACACACCAUGUAUGUGCUCAAUGUCGAUUUAUGGUCCGAGGACGCCCUAAAGGAAGUCAAUCUGGUCCGGCAUACGACUGCAACGCCUUCUAUAUCAUCGACAUCGCCAGCAUCCUACGCCCAGAUUGAGCAGGCAACCCCCGCGUAUUCCCAUAUCCUACCCUCCAGCCGUGACGUCGGCUACGCAUCUCAGCAGGUCGGCUAUCCUCCUCCAGGCCAAGCAAUUAGCCCCUACGGCAUGCAGCAGCCAUACGCGCCAGCGGGUUUUGUAUCGCCUAAUGGAACCAGCUAUCAACCGCCUAACCAGUACUAUCCCCAAGAACUUCGGCCGGAAUUGCAAGGCCUCACCCAGCUCGUCCCUCAGCCCUACGGACAUCCGCGUAUAUACGACCAUCAGUUCAGCACCGUGGCUCAACGUAUGUCCAUCAGUGGCAGCCAACCGCAGGGCAUGUUCACCCGAAACCUCAUUGGGAGCCUGGCCGCGAGCGCUUUCCGUCUUACCGAUACCCAGGAUAAGAUUGGCAUCUGGUUCAUUCUCCAGGAUCUCAGUGUCCGCACUGAGGGCUGCUUUAGACUACGUUUUUCUUUUGUGAAUGUUGCUCCCAACCAGCCGAACAGCCCCGUCAACGUGGGCAAGGCUCCCGUCCUAGCCUCAGUGUUUAGCGACGUCUUCCAGGUCUAUUCGGCAAAGAAGUUCCCGGGCGUUUGCGAGAGCACCGCGCUCAGCAAAUGCUUCGCCAGCCAGGGCAUCAAGAUACCCAUCCGUAAGGAGGGCCAAAACAAGAACUCUAACCAAGAUGAUGACGACUACGACUAGAAUUCGUCGUCUUUCUGAUUAUUUCUAAAGCUGCCGCUCAGCUCUUCCGAUUCACUGCGGCUGAGGAAGUACUGCGGCAGCCCUUAACACCAGGGAAUGAAUGAAAGGAAGAUGGAUGCAUUUAUGUCGCGCGUUGUGGGUUUCAUAGACGAGCAGCGGCCUCCAUGGGCAGGAUUCAUCGUCACCUUCCAUCCGUUGCCUCGCCCUACUCCCCCCCCCCCUGGAUGGGGCCG